AUUCCUCGCUCGAGUCGCGUGAAAGUUGGACGGCAGUCAGCGCAAAGAAAGCAACCAGUAGCAGCAUUUCCUACAGUCGGUUUUAUUCUGUUUCGUGGCCAGAAAGAAUAACAAACAAAAAACAAAACUCAAAAGCGAACUGGUCCGUUUUGACCCACUUUGGAGCUAAGCCCGAAAGAAUUUCGAGGGCCGAGUGAAAUUUAUAUUGUAUACAUUACCUACCAAAACACAAUACCAACAACAAUGUGCCACAAAUUUGGAAUUAUAUUGCUGCUGGCCACAGUGGGCGCCAUUUGGGCCCAGCAACAGCCUUACUAUCUGCAACAAUGUCCUCGCGAUGAGGCAGCUAUCAACGAAUGUCUACGCGACAGUGGCAACAAAUUGGUGCAAUAUCUACAAAAGGGCAUACCCGAAUUGGAUAUUUACGAGAUUGAGCCAGUGGUCAUUGAUGAGAUUGGCAUUGUGCUGGGCAGCGGCCCAGAUGGCUAUCGCGCACUUUUCCGUAAUAUUCAGGCCUUUGGCGUUAGCAAUAUAACAGUCACAAAUAUACGCUCCGACUUGGACUCGCUGCAGUUCCAGCUGACGUGCGAGAUACCUCGCAUCCGAGUCAAGGCUCAAUAUCGAUCCACAGGUGUACUGAUCUUGGUAAAGGCCUCUGGUGCCGGUGACUAUUGGGGCGAGUACGAGGGCGUCAAGGCCAAAAUCUAUUUCAAGGCGUUGGCCAAUGAAGGCGCCGAUGGACGCACAUAUCUGACCACCGAUGCGGUUAAAAUGGAUUUCAAUGUCAAGGACAUUCAGAUGGGAGUGGAUAACAUUGCCAAUGGCAAUUCCGUAAUACAGGCCGCUCUCAAUCUGUUCAUCAACUCCAACUCGCAGGAGCUGCUGAAAGAAAUGAAACCAGCGCUUCGCACCAAACUGACCCUCGUCAUACGCAACUUUAUGGAUCGCCUGUUCGCUAAGAUUCCCCUUGACGAAUGGAUCAACCUGAAUUGAUUAGUCUUCCGCUAAGUUGCGCUUAACGAGUACUACAUAAUAAGUUCUAAUUUAUUGCACACAAACGUCACUUACGAACUAUAAUAAAAAAAAAUUAUACAAAA